GGCAAGAGAAACGCAAAUGCCGCAGACGCUAAGGAUUUCCAGAAGUACUGCAUAGAAGGUGCCAUGGUGGUCUUGGGCUCCGUGCUGCUUGGCAUGGUCUUGUGUUGCAUGGUCCGUCUGUGGAGGAAGAGAAGACACUCUCUUUCCAGUCAUCAGAGCAGCCUCUCCCCUUCCUCAGGGCUGUCUUCAAGCACAUCACAUGCAUACAGGAAGAACUGAAAGGAGCCUUAUCUCAGGGAAGAAGGACUGCCAGCCCUCUCUCUUGUGGUCUGAUCAGCUUACAGCUAAGGCACUGUAUUGUGCUGGAUUCAAACCGGGAACUCCUUUAUCCUCCUGUGGUCCUGUCCUACAUCUGCACACCAGUGUUGAGAACACAACUUUGCUCCAGCCCUCAAGAACCUUUUCAACUGCUUCAACCUCAGCCCCUAGCACCACCUCUUUGGUUGUCAGCAUGGCAAGCAGUACGAACGCUGCAAACAGCCUUGGCCUGAGUGUUACCAGUGUGUCUCUAGCAGCUGCUACCACAGGGUCAGCUCCCUUGGUGUCUUCAGGUUUGCAAUAUUAACUGGCAGAGGAGUUCUUUUUUUUUCUAAAAAUUGAGUAAAUUGAUAAAUAGAAAUGAAUGGUGUUGUAGAUAUUUCUUGUUAGUAAGAGUUGUCUCUGUACUUCAGGGUUUUUUUCAUUAAAAGGUA